AGCUGGUGGGGUGUGGUCAGUGUGCGCGGGAGACGGUCAUCUUUCAUGAAGACGAUGAUGGACGGCUCUUCAGUAUCUGACGCCGGGUGGGAGCGGGAUUUCCGGCCGACGCGUCGAGGUCGACGUUUCUCGCAGGGUCAAGAACCUAAAGAACCAGAGCAGUUACGCAAACUGUUCAUUGGUGGCUUGAGUUUUGAAACUAAUGAAGAGAGUUUAAAAGAGCAUUUUGAGCAAUGGGGACAAUUAACAGAUUGUGUGGUUAUGAGAGAGCCACAAACAAAACGUUCAAGAGGAUUUGGGUUUGUGACUUACUCUUCUGUGUUGGAGGUGGAUGCUGCAAUGUCUGCACGGCCACACAAAGUUGAUGGUCGUGUUGUAGAACCAAAAAGAGCAGUGUCAAGAGAGGACUCUACAAAACCUGGUGCCCAUUUGACAGUGAAAAAAAUAUUUGUUGGGGGUAUCAAAGAAGAUACUGAGGAAUAUCAUCUGAGAGAUUAUUUUGAGAAGUAUGGCAAGAUUGAAAAUAUUGAAGUUAUGACCGAUCGUGGAAGUGGGAAAAAACGAGGGUUUGCCUUUGUCACAUUUGAUGAUCAUGACUCUGUUGACAAAAUUGUUGUUCAAAAAUAUCACACUGUGAACGGACACAACUGUGAAGUGAGAAAAGCACUUUCACGACAGGAGAUGCAGGGGAUUGGAUCAGGCCAAAGAGGACGUGGUAGUUCUGGAGGUGGCAAUAACCCUGGUCAUUUCAUGGGCCGUGGUGGUGGUAAUUUUGGAGGUGGAAAUGGGGGAGGCAAUUUUAACCGUGGAGGAAAUUUCAGUGGAAGAGGAAUGGGAAAUUUUGGAGGUGGUCGUGAUGAUUAUGGAGGGAGUGGUGGUGGCGGCGGCUAUAAUGGGUUUGGUGAUGGUGGCAAUUUUGGAGGUGGCCAAGGUUACUGUGGUAGAGGAGGAGGAGGAGGAGGAGGAUAUGGCGGUGGUGGCCCAGGUUUUGGCAACCAAGGUGGUGGUGGAGGUGGAGGAGGAUAUGGUGGUGGUGGUGGCGGCUACGACAACUAUAAUGAAGGUGGAAACUUUGGAGGGCAUUUUGGUGGUGGCGGUGGCAGUGGGAACUACAAUGAUUUUGGAAACUAUCCGAACCAAUCUUCAAAUUAUGGACCCAUGAAGAAUAGCAAUUAUGGUCGAAACUCUUGUCCUUAUGGCGGUGGUUACGGAUCCGGUGGUGGUGGUGGUGGAGGAAGCGGUGGAGGUAGUGGUGGUUAUGGUAGAAGAUACUGAGCACGUUUGCUGAAAGGCAACAGUUCUUAGCAGGAGAGGAUGAGCCAGGAGUUGUCAGGAAAGCUGCAGGUUACUUUGAGACAGAAUAUCGACCAAGUUCAUAUUAAAGGCUGCCCACAGGAAGAGCGAUGGUCCAAUAGUCAGAAAAGUCACUGCAGCAUUAACAUAAGAUCACUUCUUGUUCAGGACUGUUUCCGGUAGUGAGAUUGCAAAAAGUGCAGUUGUUUGUUGCAAUGUAGUUGCUGUUAGAUGUACAUUCCUGAGAUUUUUUUAAUACUAUGUUCUAGUAAUGUCUUUAUUUUCCUCAUUACCAUAGCUGUUGAGCCAUGUAAUUUGUGGUGGUAGCAUUGGGAAUAAAAAGGAUGAGAACUUUUUAACUAAA